GAAAUGUGUUUUUCCAGUAAACUGCCCAUUCGCAUAAAGAGCGACUUCUAAUCAAAUACUGCUCAGCAGACCUAUUGUAACAAGAUCGGUACACACCAACAGUAUCAUUUGGCUAUGGCCUUCGUCUAAAGUGAGGCUUACGUAUGACCUCGGUUAAAAAAUGUCAGCCCUGUUGGUCGGUGACCAGCCUCCCACUGGAAAUGCCAUAUACUGGACGGCCUGAGGUUGGAUGGCAAACUUCUCAUCGGCAUUGAACAAGCAUAUAUGCCACCAGACAUUUCCGCAACCACAAACUGUUGGCAUGGCCUUCCCGUGGCGUAAGCCUAAUAAUACGAGGCAACCGGCGGCGACUGAGUCUGCAGGUGGAUGCCGGGCCGCUGUCGUUGCCGUAGCUUCAUUCUUCGUCAUGUUCCUGAUGUCCACUAUGACAAGGUGUACAGGAAUCCUGUACGUCAGCUGGCAGAUAGCGUUUGACUCAACCGCUGUCCAGACUGGAGUGAUCUCCAGUAUAAUAUCUUCAACGUGGUAUUUUGCAUCCGCGCUAUCGGGCGUAGUCUGCAACCGAUACGGGUACCGCUUCACCUGCAUCCUGGGCGGGUUCCUGAUGUCGUUUGCCAUGCUAAUGGUCUUUUGGGCCAAAAACGUUCUCCAUAUGUACAUCCUUGGGUUACCCAUAGGUCUGGGAACAUCUCUGUGCUACAUGGGUGCAACCGUAGCCGUCGCGGACCACUUCAAAAAACGUUACGCCAUAGUCAGUGGGCUUUGCAUGUCCGGAGGUAGUGCAGUUAUGGUCGUGUCCCCGCCUCUAUUCCACCUCCUGCUCGAUAAAUAUGGAUGGCGUGGAACCGUCCUCAUAACAGCUGCCGUGUGUGCGAACCUGUGCGUCGCUGGCGCACUGUGCCGUCGCUGUAACAAGGCUAGAGUGCCUGGACUCAAGACACGAAUUCGUGCAGAUGGAGAUGAAAGUUCAUUCGAAGAACAUGCCAGCCAUCGAGACGGAGAAUCUGAAACCGAUGAAAAGAAGCUACUGCCAUUUGUGGUUUUCUUGAAGAGACUGUUUUCUGUGUUUCAACUGGAACUGUUGCGCAAGAGUUACCGCUUUUUACUCCUUUGUAUAACAAGUUCGCAAGUCCACAUGACGUACUCAUGUGCAGUGGUUUUCCUCGUACCCAGAGCCCAGUUCCGUGGCAUUGAUGAGCUUCGGGCGUCAUUUCUCCUAAGCAUAUUUGGGUUCGGGAGUUUGGGCGCUCGAGUGGCAAGUGGAUUCCUCGUAACCCUCAAGACACCCGUUGAGGCCCUCUACGCAUGCUCCUUUGUCCUGUGCUUCGUUGGUUUACUGGGUUCUCAAGCUGAGACCUACGAAUCCUUUGCAGCUUCUGCGUGCAUCGUCGGUAUAAGCAUAGGAGCCAGUACAGCCUGGGCAAAUGUUCUGCUUCGUAAAUUUGUCGGUGUACCUCGUUUGGCAUCUGGACAAGCAAUCAUGCUUCUUUUUUGUGGUGUUGGGAAUCUUAUUGGUCCCAUAGUUGCAGGUGCGGCGUAUGAUGGCACUGGUGCUUUCAGCUCUGUCUUCUACGUUUUGGCUGGUCUGAACGCCGCCGCGGCCCUACAGAUGCUGCUAAUGCCGGUGCUUCGCAGAGUUGAGCCUGGUCUUGCUGUUGAAGAAAGAAUAGCAACUUGAUUUCUACGAAAUCCUUCAGUACACGAUGGUAAUGGUGAUCGAGCCUAAGCGUGUUUUCCUCUCCCCGUAAAAAAGCAACCGAAACGGGACAUUGAUUUUUUUCUUAAAUUAAUUUGUCAGAAAUCUUUGAUUUUCGUAAAGUUUACUGAGUAUUUUUCUUAAAACUGUGGUAAAUACCAUUUGCCAGAACGAAAAAGAAGAUAUCUUACGUUGUCUCUG